AUGAGCGACGAUAUGCCACAUAUUACUGCGCCACCACCGGCCUUCGAAUCAGACAUCCAUAAGCAUACCCAUCCUUCAAGCCCCAAACGGCGAGACCGGCAUCAGUUCAGCUCAAGCGAACAAUACAACAGAAAGUCAGAAGACAAAUAUAAUACUACCGCGAUGGAUACCGUGGAUAUUGAGCCACCCGUUUACGCUAAGAUUGCUGAUUCUGCCAAGAAAGAGAAGGUCGAGCAGAGACCAAGAGGAUGGGCAAGCCGGAGGUAUCCAUCCCAUGAUUUGGAAAGCGGAACAAGCGGCAGCGAGGCUAUGGCUUCACCCGGAGCAAGGCAUUAUUCCACCAGGGAAAUGCCAGUAUACGAUGAUCAAUACUUCUACAAAUAUGGCAAACAGCCUCAAAUGAGCCGCUGGCAGAAGUCUGAGAUGAAGUACCGGCAUUGGUUAGAGACUAUGACACAACGACGCAGAACAAAGCUUGUUUUCCAGAUGAUGUUGGCAGGAAUGAUUGUGGGUAUUCUUUUGGGGCUGGCAUUUGGCAUUUCCGAUGAUUAG